AUGUUGCUGUAUUGCGAAAGUCAUAUCCCGGGUCGACUUUCUGCUAUGCUUGAGUUGAUCUCUAACAAGUGGGUGGUAGUUAGUGUCCCAAGUGGGGGAGAAUUGGAUUCCAUACGCGCUUCUCCAGGUAAAUCAACUUACUACAGGCGAAGAUUAAAAAUACAUCUUCAAAAAAUUAGGUCCAAUAAAAGACUUUCGCAUAUAAACAGCAGAAAGAACAGGUAUGCGCUUCAUGUAGCUCUCCGUGCUUCAAAGGACACAACUAUAAACAGUGAUGGAAAGAAUGUUGGAGAGUAUUUCAAACCUUGUAUGGAUGGUAUGGAAAACGAAAGUCACUCUGCUGUUGCUGAUGUUGUUCUAAGAGAAUUAAUAUUGGAAGGUCUUCUGUCAGGUCACUUGGUUACAAUAUAUGUUAAGGAAAAGCUUCAGGAAUGGCUACAAAAAGCUAAAAAACCUACUUCAAGAUGAAGUUGAUAACAGAAAGAAAAACUGAGUUUGGAAGUU